GCUUUCAAGCCAUGUCAAGAUCCGGUGACCGAACAUCCACGUUUGACCCAACACACAGCGACACACUGCUGCACGGGCUGAAUCUGCUUUGGAGGAAGCAGUUGUUCUGCGACGUGACUCUUACUGCUCAGGGACAGCAGUUCCACUGCCAUAAAGCUGUGCUUGCUUCUUGUUCACAAUACUUUAGGUCUCUUUUCUCUGCCACGCACGGAUCAAACAAUGAGACGCUUGCUGUCAAGGAUCAAAGCAGUGGUGGCACCCCGUCGUCCUCGCCAGAUGAAAAGCUUCUUACUAGCCCGCGCUCCAUUAGUAAUCUUGUGCUGCAGGGCUGUUCAUCCAUCGGGCUCCGGCUGGUGCUCGAGUACCUGUACACAGCUAAUGUGACGCUCUCGCUGGACACAGUAGAGGAGGUUCUAUCUGUUAGCAAGACCCUUAACAUUCCGCAAGUCACGAAGCUGAGCGUGCAGUUCCUCAAUGACCAGAUCUCUGUGCAGAACUAUAAGCAGAUCUGCAAGAUUGCCGCACUGCACGGCCUGGACGAGACCAAAAAGCUGGCCAACAAGUAUCUUGUGGAGGACGUGCUGCUGCUCAACUUUGAGGAGAUGUGUGCCAUGUUGGACGCGUUGCCUCCACCCGUCGAAUCCGAGCUGGCCCUGUUUCAGAUGUCUGUGCUCUGGUUGGAACAUGACCGCGAGACCAGGAUGCACUACGCUCCAGACCUGAUGAAACGACUCCGAUUUGCCCUUAUCCCAGCUCCAGAGCUCGUCGAGCGGGUACAGUCAGUAGAUUUUAUGAGGAGUGACCCCGUGUGCCAAAAGCUCCUGCUUGAUGCCAUGAACUACCACCUGAUGCCCCUCAGACAGCACUGCAGACAGACCAUGGCAAGCAGAAUUCGUUCCAACAAAAGAAUGCUUCUUUUGGUUGGGGGUCUGCCUCCAGGACCUGAUCGCCUUCCCAGUAAUCUUGUGCAAUACUAUGAUGAUGAAAAAAAGACAUGGAAGUUACUUACAAUUAUGCCAUACAACAGUGCCCAUCAUUGCGUAGUAGAAGUGGAGAAUUUUCUUUUGUUACUAGGUGGAGAAGACCAAUGGAAUCCUAAUGGCAAACACAGCACUAAUUUUGUAAGUCGAUAUGACCCAAGAUUCAACAGCUGGAUACAGCUGCCUCCUAUGCAGGAGAGGAGGGCAAGCUUCUUUGCCUGUUGCCUAGAUAAACAUCUUUAUGUCAUUGGUGGGAGAAAUGAAACAGGUUACCUGUCCAGUGUUGAGGCCUAUAACCUGGAAAAUAAUGAGUGGAACUAUGUUUCUUCUCUUCCUCAACCACUUGCAGCACAUGCUGGUGCUGUCCAUAAUGGGAAAAUCUACAUCUCAGGUGGAGUUCACAAUGGGGAGUAUGUGUCCUGGCUGUACUGUUAUGACCCAGUUAUGGACGUGUGGGCAAGGAAACAGGACAUGAACACUAAACGUGCCAUACAUGCCCUUGCUGUCAUGAAUGAUCGACUCUAUGCUAUUGGUGGAAAUCAUUUAAAAGGAUUCUCUCAUCUAGAUGUUAUGUUGGUGGAAUGCUAUGAUCCUAAAGGGGAUCAGUGGAACAUUCUACAAACGCCCAUCUUGGAGGGCCGCAGUGGCCCUGGCUGUGCUGUGUUGGAUGACAGCAUUUUCCUUGUCGGUGGCUAUAGCUGGAGCAUGGGGGCCUAUAAGUCAUCGACUAUCUGCUACUGCCCAGAAAAAGGAACAUGGACUGAGUUGGAGGGAGACGUAGCAGAACCUUUAGCUGGCCCAGCAUGUGCUACUGUCAUACUGCCAGCUUGCCUACCAUUUAACAAAUGACCAAACAUAAAUUAAACAGAUUGACAGAACAACAAAGCCCUUGUACUGGACAAAAAGUCCACUCCUAAACAAGAGGGUGAAGGAGACUCUCUAGAUGGACAGAUUGCAAUGAAGGUGUAUACAUUAUUUUUUUACUGGGAUGAAAAAGCACUUUCUUUAAUACUUUGAAGUUUAAAUUAAACAAGUUCUACACAAGUUUAUGUUUUUGAACAAAAUUUAUGUUAACACACAAAUGUUCCACUUUGUUUUGGCUUAACUUUAUAUAGCAUGCAUACUAGCAGAGCUUUCAUUUGUACUUUGUGUUUUGUGGAGAAAAAAAACUUUUAAGUUGAUGCAAUGUUUAAAAAUUGAAGUGUGUUUAUGUCCUAAAAGUCAUUAACAAUUAUGGAGUACACAGUAGAAUAGAUUACUGUUUAACACAAUCCUGCUUGUUAAACCUUCUAGCCAUAUUGUAUUAUGACAGACCACAUGUAAAGAGAGGGAAAUAAGUAGUAAAAUCCUUUACUAUACUACAGACAAAUUAUGUGGACUAAACAAAUGAACAAUCAAAUUAUUGUUUACUAAGCCAUGUGCAGUAUAUGCAUGGUUUGAAAAAUAACCUUAUGAUAUGAUGUAUAAAAAAUGAACAUUUGCUUUUUUUGAUAUUACCUGUUAAUGUUUAACAGUGCCUAUUUCUAAUACCUGGUUAACUCUUCCCCUUUUAUGUAAAAAUGCUAUUUAUAUUUGGUUUAGCAAUAAAUUGAUUUUUUUUUUACCUUAGGUAAAAUUAUCAAUUUUAAUUUAUUGUAUGUAGGAUUCUAUUUCAAAAGUGUUAAGCUUCCUGUCAUACAAUUGGUGCAGAAAGGGUAUAUGUUUAAUUUGCAUUCUUGUAAAUAGUUGCUUGCAGUAUAAUUUUUGUGCCUAUGGGAUUUAUUAUCAAAUCCUGUUGUUAUUUACACUUUGAAAAAUUAAAAUAAGACCAA